CCCUCCUUCCCUGCGCCGUGCUGAGCUGGAAAAUGGCUGUGUAGUGGAGCUGGAGAACGGGGAAAAAAAGGGGGAAGAAAGAAAGAGCGAGAAGGGAAGCGACAUAAGAAGUGGACCGUGGACCGUUUACUGGAAGUUCAGUGCACACCGAGGAGCUACGGUCCCCAGUCAAGCCGCACACACGGACGCUCAUCUGCCACCUGGAAACGUUAAAGCGCCGCAGCCGAAAAAGUGCGAGGAGUCAAGAAAAUAUCCGCGGGUCGGUCGAAACCCCGUCCAGAACAUGUGGGAGCCAGAGAGAACGGAAGAGGAUUAAAGACCAUCCCACUCUGCUGCUCGUCUCCCAAUCCGACCGCUUGAUUUCCCCGCAACACGGGGCCUUCAACUAGCAAAGUCUUUUUCCCGGCUCUUCCAACAGCACCAAGCCAGCAGGUUUUCGCUGCUUGAAAGAGCAUGUUGCCAAUGCUCUCCCUCUGCUCCAUCAUCUGGCUCAACCGAGGAAUCAAGCUGAGGAAAUUGCACCAGUCCACCAACACCGGUCAGGUCUGAAACUGCUGCAGCCAUAGACAUAACAGCAGAACGCCAUCUUGUCCACUUUUGAAAAUGCUCCUAAGCUUCGGGUGACUCCUCCUCCUCCUCCCAUUAUUCCCCUACCCCUUCCCCCAAAACAAACUUACCUCCAACACCAGAAUUUAGUCUCAACCGCCUUUCCGGUUCUGAGGAGGAUUUUUGUUACCCUGUUGUUGCAGUGGCACUUAGGCUGCACCAUCUAAUCCUCUUUUUAGAGGCCAUUUUGACUUUUGUCUCCAUAACAAAAUGGCGGCAGAGGAUUUUCAGUACCGUGCUCUCUAUGCAUUUACCAAGGACCAGGAAGAGGACUUGGACUUGCAUCCUGGUGAUCUUCUCACAGUCAGCAAGGCCACUCUGUUGUCCAUGGAGAACUACCAGGAGGGCUGUGAGGAGCAACCAGAGUGCCUGGGCUGGCUCUUCGGGUACAACGAGCAUACCAGGCAGAGAGGAGACUUCCCAGGGACUUAUGUCGAAUAUGUGGGCCCUGUCAAGAUGACUCACCCAUCGAGUCAACCAAGGUCCCAGCGACCACUACCCGCUCCUCCCAGACCAGAAUCAUCUCAAGCUGUUUCUGUGCUGGACCUGAGUGAGCAGUUCACACCACCAGAGACGGCUCCCCCGGCUCUCAUCGGCCUGAUCCAAGCCAUAGAGAAGAGAGGUCUGGACACCAAGACCUUGUACAGGACGGUCGGCUCCUCUGGCUCCGAAAGCCCAGUGUACAGUCUCAGCUCUGAGAGUGAAGCGUGUCAGAAAGAUGUAGGUUACCUCUCUGAGUGUGUCCUGAACUACCUGAGAGAGCUCCCGUCACCUGUCAUCCCUGCCUGCAUCUACCCUCACCUCCAAACUGUUGUCACCCUGCAGCAGCAGGUCCUGCAACAGUCAGCAGAUGGUGCGGUAGCUGGUAGCCAUGACAGAGAGGUUAGCCUGGUCCUCGAAAGCUCCACUACAGUCCCUCUCCAUAACUGCCUCACCCUUCAAUACCUCCUCACUCACCUGGCUAAGGUCACCCAGGUGCAGGCCAGCAAUGGCCUGGACACACACACACUGGGAAAGAUCUUCGGACCAUUGCUCAUACGGACAGGCCCCUCCACCCCUUGGUUAUCACUUGAUGAGAAGUUCCCUGCCCUUGUGGUGGAGAGGUUGUUGAUAGAGAAAACCAUGGAGCAGGACCUCACUCCUCCAGUUCUUCCAGCAAAGCCAGUCAAGUCAAAAAUGGCACCAUUAGCCAAGACGGACACAAGCAGCCUGCUGAAUGAUGCUGAAUGGUACUGGGGAGAAAUCUCUAGAGAGGAAGUGAACGAGAAGCUGCGAGACACUCCAGACGGCACCUUUCUGGUGCGGGAUGCCUCCAGUAAACUAGAGGGCGAGUACACGCUCACCCUCAGGAAAGGAGGGAACAACAAGCUCAUAAAGAUUUACCACAGAGACGGGACGUACGGCUUCUCAGAGCCUCUAACCUUCCUGACUGUAGUGGAGCUCAUCAAUCACUACCGCCAUGAGUCCCUGGCCCAGUACAACGCCAAACUGGACACCAGGCUUUUGUACCCCAUCUCCAAAUACCAGCAGCUGGUGAAGGAGAACAGCAUAGAGGAGGUGGGAGAGCAGCUGAAGGUUUAUCAUGAGCAGUUCCAGGAGAAGAGCCGCGAGUACGACUGUCUGUACGAGGAAUACACACGCACCUCACAGGAGCUGCAGAUGAAGCGCACAGCCAUUGAAGCCUUCAAUGAGACCAUCAAGAUCUUUGAGGAGCAGUGUGAGACUCAGGAGCGUUACAGCAGGGAGUCUUUGGAGCGGUUUCAGCGUGAAGGCAACGAAAAGGAGAUACAAAAGAUCCAAAGCAACUCGGAGCGUUUGAAAUCUCGCGUGAAGGAGAUCCAUGACAGCAAGCGAAAACUGGAGCAGGACCUCAGACAGCAGGUCUCCGACAACAGAGAGAUUGACAAGAAGAUGAACAGCCUCAAGCCGGAUCUCAUGCAGCUCCGCAAGAUCAGAGACCAGUAUUUGAUAUGGCUGACACAGAAGGGGACAAGACAGAAGAAGAUCAAUGAAUGGCUGGGCAUAAAGAACGAUGUUGAUGACUCCUACUCGCUCGAGGAAGAUGAAGGCUCACCCCACCACGAUGAGUGUACCUGGUAUGUUGGUGACAUCAAACGAACCCAGGCUGAGGACAUGCUGAGAGGCAAAUGUGACGGAACCUUCCUCAUCCGUGAGAGCCAGUCGCAGAAGGGCUCGUAUGCCUGUUCUGUAGUUGUUGAGGGGGACACCAAGCACUGUGUCAUCUACAAGACGGCCACAGGUUAUGGAUUUGCUGAGCCCUACAAUCUGUAUUCAUCCCUCAAAGACCUGGUUCUCCACUACAAAAACGUCUCCUUGGUCCAACACAAUGACCACCUGAAUGUAAAUCUAGCCUACCCAGUCCUGGCCUGCUCUCAGAACCAGAACCAGCACUCCAGAUGAAUUUGCCACCAGCAGCGUUGGACGCCUACCAGGGUGGGGAAAACUACAUUUUCACUCGGAUGCACUGUGGAAAAAAAAAAUUCACUCCUGAACAAUGUUCAUGUGGUCAAAAUGGCGGCCAAAAGAGACUCGACAGCCACCAUUUAAAAUCCACACGUUUGGCUGGAGCCUGGUGCUUAUUUCACACACUGACCCCAGUCCAGUAAAGAGCACUCCCUGCGAGCUAACAGCAUGGCUUCAAAAUUAGAACACCGCUAAAGGUAACUAAAGCACUGUACAGUUAGCCUGGCUGAUGCGUCGACAAGAGUGUCACAUUAGCCAGCCGUCACUGUACAGUGUGCGUGUACAGUGUGAGAAAAUAUCUUUGGUACAGAGAAACUAAAUGUGUCAAAAGAAGAUACAAAAUAAGCACACAAAAAUAUGUGUGGAAAGAUGGAACGGGAUGAUGGUACAAUUUAUAUGAGGCACUAUUGUUGUUUUUUUGUUCUCUUUUUUUGCCUUGAACACGUGAUGAGUGUCCAUAGACAAAGGCCCAAUCUGUCAACCCCAGACUGCCUGCAAACUCUGUAGACCAGGGGUGCCCUAUACGUCAAUCGCGAUAUACCCUUAUUUUGAAAUGCCCAUACGGCUACACAGGAAGUAACGGCAGUAUAUGUCCAUAGCUUGAGGCAGUUGUUAUGCCGUGUGAGGCGAGCGGCACCUUCGGACAGUUCACGGAACGUACGACACUGACUUCCCUCCAAAAAUAUCUACAUAUAUACAUAUAUGUAGAUCAUUUUGACUUGGUCUUUUUAAAAGUAGCUCCCAAGCUGAAAAAGUGUGGGCACCCCUGCUGUAGACAAAAGCCUGAGCUGUCAUCCACUACAUGGACUGGAACCAGGCUGCUCGCAUCACACCUACAAGCGGCUGAGGGAUUGUGGACCCAGGAUGGGUGGGUGGGGGUUGGGGGGGUUUGUCAGUGGAGCCUGGGGCGAAGAAGAGGAGGAGGAGGGAGAAACUGCUGGGGCUUGUUUAAGUGCCAUAGCAAUAGCUUUGAAUGACCACAAGCCUGUGUCACGAGAACAAGGAAGGGGGCACGUUUAGGUUGAUGGAAAGAAGGACGGAGGGAACGAGCGCCUGUCGACAUAGACAAAGCUACAGCUUUAAAAAUACACACGUAGGUAUAUAUUUUUAUGAAAUGAUCUUUAUUUCCAACUGCUUUGGCUUGUCUCUCUCUCUCUCUCUCUCUCUCUCAGCGUGGCCUCCUUUUUAAUUGACGAGGUACGACAUACAGUAAAUACUGUAUAUCAAGGUAGAAAUGCAUGCGACACAUUUUGUAUAUUGUGAAUAUAGAAGUACUUUUUAAUCACAAUACACUAGAUGGAGAGGUGCAUUGAUAAAUGCAGUUCCACUUAAUUCAUGUUUCCAUUUAAAUGGAACUUGUGGAAAGAUUCCUUUUGUCUGUCUUUCAGUCUUCGUUUUUUUCCCCAUCCUGUUAAAUACUGUAGCACCUGUAGCCGUUGACUUAAGGCUUAACUGUUAGUGCUUGUCGUGAGUGUCUCGUCUCUACACGCUAAAGACACUUGCAGAGCAUCAAUCUAUGUGAUUUUUGUAUCUUCGGUACUGUAUUUGCUUCGUCUCUAGUUUAGAUUGGAUUGAUUUAGCGGUACAGCGUCCUUGCAGAUGUUUUAUUGUUUUUGUUUUGUUUUGGGGUUGUUGUUUUUGUUUUUUAAAUCUGAUUUGCUCGCGGUACUUCUUACCCCUCGUGCUGGACUGUUCAUUUCAUCAGAAGCUUGACUUACAGAGCUGUAGAACAUUGGUGUACAAAAAGAGAGAGUACGCGGUAAUAUAACUUGUACAGUAUAUUUCAGACGCACAUGCGGACCGUGCGUGUGAUUUGUUUUUGUUGUUGUUUUUAUAAAGUUUAACCGCUGUGUCUCUUUGUUUUCAGACUAUUUGCUAUGCUCUUAGAAUCUGUUUAAGGAUGCACAGUAUCCAACUAAUGUGAGCCAAAUGAAGGAUGUAUUUUCAUGUAGCAAGAAGGAGAAAGACAGAACCCGUCUUUGUGCCAUCCAGCAUGGUUUCUGUGGUCUGAGAGAUUAUCAAGUACGAUGUGCAUGGAGUAGUCCUUCGUUUGGAUAGUGUUCUUUUUUUUCUUUUUUUUUAUUAGGUGGUUGAUAAUUGUGCUUUUUGUAGAGUAUAUACAGAAUGAUGCGUGGUGAAUGUAGUAGUACUAUGAUACUGUAGUACUAUGCGCACCAUAGUCAUGUGGGGGAUAGUACAUUUUAAGAUGUACAGUGCUCAGAGAAUUUCCUCUUGUUCACUUGGCUUAGCUUCUGCUCACAAUACAGCUACUUUGUGUCAAACGCAGGAUUAAGCAGCGCUUAAUGUUUGGUUGAUGGAAUCCGGGCGUCACAUGACGUCACUUUUUUAAACAGAAUUAUGACAUUUAGAAGAAUAUUCUCACAGUUCAUAGAUAUAGUAGGCUCACUUUUGCUAUAAAGAAAGGUAUUUUUGGAGAAAGGUAAUGAAGAGUUCAUGCGUCAUUGGCAGUAUAACGUUUUAGACAAAAAAAGAAGAAAGAAAUGCACUGCUUUUUUAACACAGUAAAGAGUUACAUGCAUUUAUUUUUGGUGAGGAGGGUUAAAAGUUGUUGGGUUGCUCCUAAAAGCUGAUUUCAUAAUACUCGUGCGUAUGGUGAAAGUAAAUCUUUGGUUCAUAUUAAGCCCACGUUUAAACUAUUGACAGAUUCACAGAGUUCAGGUAGCAGCAUUUUCCACUCGACACACCGGUGUGAUAUAUAUUAAAAAAAAAAAAAUGUAACUCAGC